ACCGUUUUUCAUCUUCUCAGACGGUGACGUACCGUCCAUAGAUUCCCACCAUCACCAACUUCUCUCUCUCUCUCUCUCUAUCUCAACUCAGCCACCAUUCUUCGAUUUCAUCCCAGAAAUCCGAACCUUUCUUCGAUGAUCCAUGUCCUUCAAGAGUGGAGGAGCAUCGAGGAGUCUAGGGCAUGCUUUGAGCUCCAGAUCAUCGCCUCCCGUGCACGAUGAUGAGCCAUCGGUGGUGGUUGAUGAUGCGCAGCGGAGUUUCUGGGCUAGCAUGCCUCCAGAGCUCUUGCGGGAUGUCUUGAUGAGGAUUGAGGCGGAGGCGAGCUCGUGGCCCGCGAGGCAGUUUGUGGUUGCUUGCGCUGGUGUUUGCAAGAGUUGGAGAGGCGUUGUGAAGGAGAUCGUGAUGACUCCUGAGGUUUCUGGGAGGCUUACCCUUCCCAUUUCGGUGAAGCAGCCAGGCCCAAGGAACUUUCCUUUGCAAUGUUUCAUAAGGCGGAACCGCACUACUCGAACAUACCAUCUUUAUCUUGGUUUAACCCAAGCAGCAUUAACAGACAGUGGAAAAUUUCUUCUUGCUGCUCGCAAAUAUCGGCGUCCCACAUGCACUGAGUACAUCAUAUCUCUAAAUGCUGAUGAUAUGUCAAAGGGGAGUGGCACAUAUAUUGGAAAGCUGAGAUCAAAUUUCUUUGGUACAAGAUUUGUGGUAUAUGAUGCCCAACCUCCGCAUUCUGGAGUCACAAUUUCUAGAAGUCGUCCAACUCGUUUGGUGGGUUCAAAACAAAUAGCCCCUAGAGUUCCUGCUGGAAAUUAUCCUGUUGUACACAUUGCUUAUGAGUUAAAUGUAUUGGGAUCCAGAGGACCUAGGAGAAUUCAAUGUAUUAUGAACUCCAUUCCAGCCUCUGCAAUUGAACCAGGAGGCACAGCUGCUACACCAACUGAGUUGUCCUUUGGCAACCUUGAUUCUUUGCCAUCAAUGCCAUCCUCAGGAUCCAAGUCAUCUUGGACAGAAAAUGUAUCUGGAUCUUUGUUUGCCAAGGACGAAAUGUUGGUCCUGAAAAACAAAUCUCCUAGGUGGCAUGAUCAACUUCAGUGUUGGUGUCUAAAUUUCAGGGGACGGGUAACAGUUGCAUCAGUGAAGAAUUUCCAGUUAGUAGCUUCUGAUUCAGCUGGUCAGGAGCAAGAUAUGGUGCUUCUCCAGUUUGGGAAAGUUGGGAAGGACUUGUUCACUAUGGAUUACCAAUAUCCAAUAUCAGCAUUUCAGGCUUUUGGGAUAUGUCUCAGUAGUUUUGACACUAAACUAGCAUGCGAGUAAAAGCAAAGAUGCUGUUUCAUCAAUAAAAUACCAAGGGAAAGCAAGCUGCAGUUAAGGUUUUGAGGGACAGGGUGGAAACAACUGUUUUGUUGUUGGUUCUUGCCCUAAUUGCACAUAAUUGUGAUCCAGAACCAUUUGUACACUACAAAGAAAGCUGAGCCUCAAGAACAACAAUACACCGAAGCCGUAUGUUUCUUUCUGAAUGAGCAUGCUUUUACAUUUGUUUUUUACAUGGAUGAAGUAGACCUUGUUGUGAAUUCCCAUUGUGGAAUAGAUAGAAAUUCUCUCAUUUGGUUCAUGAGUUUUGUAUGUGUGAGUGUGUUUGUUUUUUUCUCCAACAAUUGUUGGAUUUAAAGAUUGAUUUCAGUGUUGAGUUUGUACAUUUGAUGAAUGAAAUUGAGGAUAUGUUAUCCUGGUUAUUUGCUCAAAGAAUCUGA